CUCAAACACACAAGGCAUCGCCGCGAGGUACUAGUAGGUAGGCCAGUCACGGUUUCCAAGAACGUUUUCUUGUGACGAUAAUCAGUUUUGGAAGCGUUUCAAGGUUACUACAGGCCUACAUAAUUCAUUCAGUAGUAACGUUACAACUGAUCAUGUUCAUUACAGACACAUAAACGCGGCGGCAAAAUAAGUCCUGCAAGCGCGUAUGCACUUUUUACUAGCACUACAGUAGCCGAGUUGCAGUACCCACCGGUAUGUAUCGAGCACGGAGACCAUGGCAGGCUGCAACUGCUCUGAGCCGCUACUGCAUGGCUGGCAGGAGCCUGAAAACCGGCGGUGUGCAGAGACCUGUGCCAUAUGCAACGAUACCAACACGUUUUAGCUCGACGAGAGCCAGCGCAAGAAGUGGAAUCUGGAUCCGCACCAGCACCAGCAGUAGCAGCAGCAGCAGUGGCAGCGCCGCUGCGGGUGAUGGACGCGGCAAAGCGAGCAAGGCGACGCGUAACAACCUGAUCCUGAUGGGACCACCGGGCGCUGGCAAGACGUCGGUCGGAGCGUGUUUGGCCGAGCGACUGUCCCUGAGUCAUGUGGACAUUGACAACGACCAUUUGGAGAAUAUCUGGGGAUGCCCUGUGGCGGACAAGCUUAAUCUGGUGAAAGGGGAGCAGUUUGUACAUGAAGAAGGCAUGGCUACUCUGCAACUUGCACCCGAUAUCACAAACACUGUCAUCUCACUCUCCGGCUCCAACCCUAUGCAUCGCCAGGCAAUGGACCACCUGAGCAGUAUCGGCACUGUCGUGUAUCUGGACGUGGACCAGCAAGACAUCCUGCAACGUCUCCAGGCAAUGAAGGUCAAUCGUAUAGUCGGACAGACGGAGGGUGACCCCAUGGACGAGAUCCUAGCGUUUCGUCAACAGUUUUAUGAAAGAGCGUAUGACGUACGCGUUAUCAUUCCAUCCGGGAGUGAUGUGCAAACUUGCGCAGACGUUGUCAUAGCAACGCUUGAGAAUCAUCGCAACCUUCUCGCCGGCUAUGUGAGCACCCGAUGUUCUCGAGGUGAUGAGUCAGCAGGCCUAGAGGACGUGGUGUGUAGUGGUCUAGCGUCAGAUGGUGGCCUCUUUGUGCCGCGAUAUCCCAUCCCCAAGCUAACUGAUGGCCAGUGGAGACGGCUUGCAGGUCUCUCGUUUCCGGAGCAAGCAUUGCGCGUGCUGGAAAACUGGCUGCCAAGCUCUGCCAUUUCCCCCACUACUCUGCGAGGCAUGCUGGCUAAGGCAUACGGAACCUUUCAAGGCUCCAAGCACAGCGUCACACCAGUAGUACCGCUCAAGAGCUGCAGGACGCCUCACGGUCAGCAAGUCUUCACUCAAGAGCUCUUCUGGGGCCCCACCGCCUCGUUCAAAGAUCUUUCGCUGCAGCUGAUGCCCCAGUUGCUGCAGUACUUUGCAGGAAAGAACAAGUACGCCAUGGUGGUGGCCACGUCCGGGGACACGGGCAGUGCAGCGCUGCACGGCUUCGGCUCGCACACAUCGUUUCCCGUCGUCGUCUUCUACCCGGGCAACGGCGGCGUGAGCAGCUACCAGGAGCAGCAAAUGAUCGGACUUGCCGCCCAGCACCCUCACUGCCGGGCGAUUGCCGUCAAUGGUGACUUUGACUUCUGCCAGUCGGCCGUCAAGCAGAUGUUUUCGGACGUGGCGUGGCGCGACGACCUGCUUGAGUCGUUCGGUGUGCAGCUGAAUGCGGCAAACUCCAUCAACUGGAUGCGACUAUUGCCACAGAUUAUUCACCAUGCUGCCGGGUACUUGCAACUGGUCAACGAUGGGCGCAUUGAGUUUGGCGAGCCGCUCGAUCUCUGUAUUCCCAGCGGCAACUUUGGCAACGCUAUGGCCGCACUGUAUGUCAAGCGGAUGGGCAUACCGUUUCACCGCAUCCUAAUUGCCUCGAAUGUGAACAACAUUCUGGAGGAGUUCAUAUCCACUGGCAUGUACGACCUAACACAACGUUCUCUGGCCAAAACCAUGUCACCAGCCAUAGAUAUCCUAGUCUCGUCCAACGUUGAACGACUGCUUCACCUCAUCGCUCACGAGUCGCAAAACCCAUCGCACAUUGAGUGGGCAAGGCGCGCUUUCUUCGAGUUGAACCGCACUCGCCAAUUUUCAGCACCAGCCGACUUGCUCGCGGCGAUUUCCUCGGAGCUUGCGCCUGUCUCCAUCUGGGACGAACAAUGUGGUGAGCAAAUCCGUGACCUAGCCUCGUCUGAACAGUACAUUCUGGACCCGCAUACGGCAGUGGCAGUGGCCGGGUGUCGGGAUGGGAAGAUCCCUGCCAGCGUUGCCCGGGUUGUCUUGGUAGCGGGCACAGCGCACUUUGCAAAGUUCCCGGAUGAUGUCAGCGCCGCCGUUGCCAUUCCUGAGCAUCUCCUCUCCGACCUGUCUGGAGUCGUGCCGCACACUAGUCUGCAGGGCUCGCUGGCUGCAUCACGUCAAGCUGAUGUCGUCGAGUGUAGCGCAUCCGUCGACGACAUGAAGCGCAUCGUUAAAUCGGCGCUGCUUCAGCAAGCGGCUUGAGCAAAACAGCUGGCAUGUGCCCUCCUGUGCGCGUCAUGGCAUUCCUCUUGAGUGUACAGGCAGCCAUCGGCGCUGCUUCAGCAAGCGGCUUGAGCAAAACAGCUGGCAUGUGCCCUCCUGUGCGCGUCAUGGCAUUCCUCUUGAGUGUACAGGCGGCCUGCUGUGAGCUUCCAUAGCAUGUAGUCGAUGGCACAUGGAACACGCACACCGGAUGAGUUAAAAUUACCGGGGGAAGAGAGAAUUGUUCUUCGUUCCCCGAUAUAUAUAAUAGAAGAUUAUUCCUUUGCAUGUGCAAAUGAUUUCAUGAGAGUAUGGCAGUGAUGUAAUGGGAGAACGGUAAUGAUGUCAUGAGAGUUCGGUAAUGAUUUAUUGGGAGUACGGCAAAUAUGUAAUUUAAAAUUAGAGUACAGUAAUGAUGUCAUGAGAGCUCGGUAAUGACGUCAUGAUAGUACAUUUAUGAUGUCAUGAGAGUACCUUGCUUGGGAUGACAGUGAUACUGGCUUCAAGCCUAUGGGUUAUAUGAACUUAUAUCCCAGUCGCUUUACGUUCUAAUCUCGUGCCGACGUGGGCUAUGUUAUCGAGACAGAAUUCUUGCGUAGAGCACAUUCCUGUCCAUCCGUUAGUCUUACAUAUUUAUCCUACUUGGGUAGCAACAUAUUUUUUCUUUAAUUGCUCCACCUUCGAGCUCUCGUGUUCUCUGCUCUAACCAUUCCAUGAUGGAUCGCUAAUGAUUAGGGAAACGUCAGUGUUUCCUCGCCUCGAUUGUAAGACUGCUCUUUA